AUGGGCUCGGCGCGCCGGGCGCUGUCCAUGGUGCCAGCCGUGCUGCUGGCCCUCACGCUGCCCGUCUGGGCGCAGAACGACACGGAGCCCAUCGUGCUGGAGGGCAAAUGCCUGGUGGUGUGUGACUCGAACCCAGCCACGGACUCCAAGGGCUCCUCUUCCUCCCCUCUGGGGAUCUCGGUGCGGGCGGCCAACUCCAAGGUCGCCUUCUCGGCGGUGCGGAGCACCAACCACGAGCCCUCGGAGAUGAGCAACAAGACGCGCAUCAUUUACUUCGAUCAGAUCCUAGUAAAUGUGGGCAAUUUUUUCACCCUGGAGUCUGUCUUUGUAGCACCAAGAAAAGGAAUUUACAGUUUCAGUUUUCACGUAAUUAAAGUCUACCAGAGCCAAACAAUCCAGGUUAACCUGAUGUUAAAUGGAAAACCGGUAAUAUCUGCCUUUGCUGGGGACAAAGAUGUUACUCGUGAAGCUGCCACCAAUGGAGUCUUGCUCUACCUGGAUAAGGAGGAUAAGGUUUACCUAAAACUGGAGAAAGGUAACCUGGUCGGAGGCUGGCAGUAUUCCACGUUCUCGGGCUUCCUGGUGUUCCCCCUAUAG